AUGAACACGUUUCCAUCUGGAACUAUUCUCUUACGUACUCCUCAAUUUGUCUUUCUAUCAAUGCCUCAAGUUUACAUUAUACCAGUGCUUGAAAAUGUUCCAAAUGCGAAUCAUCAUGUUUCUAUUGUACCACAAGUUACACAAUUGCUCCCCGUGACUAUCCCAAAUUCGAACAUGAAUUUUGAUAGUUGUCAUACUACGGAAAUAAAUAAUUCUUGUCCGAUUGCCAGCAUUGAUGAUUCUUCUUUGUUCCACAUGAGCAGUAUGGAUCAUUCAUAUCUCGCUGAUAAUUUAUCGACUGACUUGAUUAGUCAUAGUAGUGAUGAAACACCCAUUUUGUAUUUAUCCGAUAGCAAUUCAGGUAUAGUUGAUUUGAAUUCUGAUGGUGAUAUGAGUAUGAGCAGCGUAACGGACGAUGAUUAUGAUGAUCGAUACGUCUAUGAUAACAAUGACGGUGGCGACGGCGACGAUAGAUAUAUCACUGAUGAUGAUGACGAGGAAUCAAUAAAUGGCGCAUACUGGUUCUAA